AUGAUUGGUCGAUCAGGAUUGUUUGCUGAUAUUAUGUGCCCUUAUGAUGAGGACUGCACUCGACCGCAUUGCCAUUUUUGGCAUUCUAAAGAUGACAUGUCACAGCAACAGCAGCAGUAUCCUGUACCAGUGAUGUCAGCAACGGUACCUGAGCAACCAUUUGUGGGCUAUGUUGGUUAUGUGGAGAGCCAGAAAACAGUCAUUGAAACGACUGUGCCAAUUUGCAAUCAGUCUAUUUACGCUCCUCUUGAUCCGAUUGUGUAUACCCAGCCGCCAUCAACAUCAGGUGUACAGCAUUCUAAUGUUACUUAUGUUCCAACAAAAAUCACUCCACGGCCGAUGUGUAAACGGAUGCCUUCACCGGAAAUCCCUAAACCAAGAAUGCCAGUGGAAUUAUCAGUGGAUGAUAUACUGGAUCCCGCUAAUGAUAAGUCAAGAAUUUCUGCUGCUCCAUCUGCUAAUAAUUCAAAUAUAAUUGAAAACACUAAAUUAUCUGAAUUGAGCUUAAAUGACUACGCAAAAUCAGUGGCUGAUAUUGAUACACGAAUAGAAGAAUUACAACGAAAAAUCGAAAUCGAACGCCAGCAGAAAGAAAAGAUAGUUCAUGAUAUUAGAGCACUAGUUAAGCCAUCAGCCUCAGUUAAUUCAGACUCUUUGGCUGCAAGGAAACAUUCAGGCUCGAAAUCGAGAUCGAAACUAACUUAUACAGGUGGCUACACGCCAACACCAAUCGCUUUACUGAAGUCAGUGGAAAAAGCUAAAAUUGAAGCUGAACAAAAGAAAAAUCCAGAGGAGAACGAUAAUCAAAAAGAUGUGGCGAACUUGAAGAGCAAAGUAAAGGGAGGAAAAAUGAAAGACAAGAGCAAACGUAUAAAAGUGAAAAAAGUUGAGAAUGUAGAAGCAAGUAAACAACAGUCAACUAAAGGAAAAUCGCAGUCAGUAGCAAAAAAGAAACUUAACGAACAGCUUUCUAUUGAAGACCUUUUCGAAACCGAUGUGCCAGCUGCAAAAAAGCGAAAGCAUAUUGGUGAUGAUCUGAAAUCAAAAGCAAGCAGCCUACCUGAGAAAGUAGAAAAACAGGAAGAAAUGCAAAUUAAUAUGGAUCAAGCAAAGCGAAUAGCACACAGUAGUAUGCAGUCGACUGCACAAAUAUGUCUAACAGCAACGAAAGUUCGUACACCUACAAUGGCUCAACAACUAAUGAAUCGUUAUCAGAAAUUGCAGAAAGAAAAAGAGGAAUUGUUAAGGAAUAUGAAACUCAAAGAAGAAAUAAAAGCGAAGAAAAUUAUAACAGCUGAAGAAAAGCAUGAUUAUAAGUCGGGUGCAGUAGCUGCAACGAUCGGCAAAGGCGAAAAACGAAUGGCACAUACGCCAAAAGUAACAAAUUCCACGAAAAUAAAUUUAGUACCGCUGGAUCCAUACUCAUGUGGUAAAGUCCCAUAUGCUUUACGUACUCGUUAUUUGAAUUUAUUUUACAUCGAGUGCCAAAAAUUUUGCAGUUCGACAAAUGAUGCCCUUACUCAAGCUCAACAUGAAGAAAAAGCAAUAAAAGACCGAGCUGUGACAAAAGGCGGUUAUACAAGUGCUGCAGUAAAUGUUCUUCGACGUUUACGAGACGUUAAUUCACCGCAAGUUGCAGUAUUAAAAUCGGUAUCACAUUCAGCUAUCCUAGCUGGUCGUCAUCACGGAUCCAUCACAGUUGGCCAAAAAAAGUAUUCAACUUCUGGGAAGCAAUCCGUCAACGAAAGUGAAUUCUACGCAUUGCUGCUUUCGAAAUUUGUUUUGGACGAGCAGAAAUUGGAACAGAAUGGUUUCCCCUUAUGGGAAGGUCCUGAUAAAAAAAGAGUAAAGAUCAAAAUGUCCGAAUUAGAUAGUAAAAAGAAAUUAUUUGUAGAAGAAAAUGAUCUCAAAAGAAUAUGUUGUCGUUGUGGUACUGAAUUUUCUCUUACACCGAAAGGUGAAUAUACUGCGCUGAAGCAAUGUGUAUACCACUGGGGAAAGGCUUUCAAAACAAAAACUCGUGGACUAUGGGAGUCUCGAUAUAAUUGUUGUCAAUCCGACCUUAACGUAGCUGGAUGUUGUGUAGCUGAUUGUCAUGUCACUGAUACCGCUCCCAAAUCUGUGUUGGAAACCUAUCGAGAGACACCACCACCAUCAGGACCAAAAGAUGAACGAAGCAGGAAAGUAUAUGCAUUUGAUUGUGAAAUGGUAUAUACAGCCUGGGGCACUAAUUUAGCACGAAUAUCAGUAGUGGAUGUGAAUGAUAAGUUAGUGAUGGAUGUUACUGUGCGUCCACAAUAUGAAGUACGUGAUUGCAAUACACGAUUUAGUGGUUUGACAAUAGAUCAAAUUGAAAGAGCGGAAUUUGACCUGGAACAGACUCAGAAGCGGUUUUUCGAACUGGUGAAUUCUGAGACAAUUCUAAUUGGACAUAGUCUUGAAAGUGACUUAAAAGCAAUGCGUCUAGUCCAUCAUCGAGUGGUGGACACAUCGAUUGUAUUUCCACAUAGGCUAGGAUUACCCUACAAACGUGCUUUGAAAACAAUUGCUUCAGAAAUACUGCAGCUUAUUAUUCAAGAAGAUAUUGAUGGACAUGACUCAAAAGAAGAUGCAAGUACUUGUAUGAGGCUAAUGCUACACAAAGUUAUGCACAAUUAA